GUCGAAAGGGAAAUUAACACAAAACCUUCCAAACUACGGGUAGCGAAACAAGCGUCCCUUCGAGUGUUCUUCAGAACCCCUCAUCAGAUUAGUUUGUGGCAUGGAGAGAGGAGACAAUGUACUUGAAACCAUUUUUGAAGAUGAGAAUCUCGAAGAUGUUGAGAUGCUUGAUGUAGAAGAGGGAGAGUUGGUUGAGGUUAGUACAGAGGCUGAACAUGGAGAGAGCAAUGCUGGCAUAGAAGUUAAGGUUGGAAAUUCUGAAGGCUGCACCAAUAAUCCAGGAGAAAAGAAGAAUAAGAAGAAGAAGAAGAAGAGCAAGAGAAAGAGAGGCAGUUCAGGUCCUAAUGUGACAAAUAUCAACAGAUUUGUACUGGAUGUCUGUAGGCGCUUGAAAGAGAGGAAGUCUUAUUUGGUUUGGGCUGCUGUGGGUUGCCUUGGUGUCUCUGCUUUGGGUGAUCUUGUAACAGAGGUGGAAGCAAUUCAGGCCUGUGGAGGUCAGAAAACUGCAGAUGGUAGACGUUUCCGAACAGGUGGUGGCAUAUUGUGGAGUGUCCUUAAAGUCCGUGAUCCAAAUGCUUACAAAGAGAUUAUGAGAAGAGGAAAGGAAUUUGAGAAGCAAUUUAAGCCACAAAAUGUCAACCUAGAUGCCAUGCACAACAAAGAAAACCCUUCCCAAACUACUGGAGAAGUUGUGGAUGGCCUUCAAGAGGCAUCUCAUCAGGAGAACCAGCUCAAACAAAAUACUAGCGAGCGGAAUCGAGUAUCUGUGCAUGAGCGUGUUAGGAUACCAGUUGCAUAUGAUGAUUUGCUUGACGGAGAGAAUCCUGGAGAUGGAGGAGCAUCUGUAGCUUAAAUUGCAUGUCGUUAAUGCUUGAACGACCUCAUUCUAUUAUAUGAGAGAAUUUUUCCAUCUUCUGUGUUUUUUUUUCUGUGGCAUUUUGCGACGCCUUGCAGUAAAUCUUGGGACGAGAAACUACACAUUUUUGAAGUAGGCGAGAGAAUUCUGUAUAUAAUUCGGAAAGUAAAUUUGAAGUUAAAAGCUUACAGGAUGUCUUGAAGGGUUAGCUUUCCGAACGUAUAAUCUGAAUUUUUGUUGAA